CGGCGAAGGCGGGCGGGGGAGAGGCAGGCGGAGAGGAAGAGCGAAGAAAGGAAGGAGGCGCGCGAGCGCGAGAAGAAAGGCAGGAGACCCGGGAUCCAGGGGGAACCCCUGCCGCCGCCGCCGCCUCCGGCUCGCCUUGCAGACGUGGAGGGGCGCGCGGAGAGGCGAGGCGGUCCUAGCACAGCCCCCCCUGGUGGAAGGGUUUCUCUCCUCCACGCCUCCCCCGCUUUGGUUUAUGGAGAAAAAGAAAAUGGUCACUCAGGGUAACCAGGAGCCGACAGCCACUCCUGACACAAUGGUCCAGCCAUUCACAACAAUCCCAUUCCCACCUCCCCCACAGAAUGGGAUCCCCACAGAGUAUGGGGUGCCCCACACUCAGGACUAUGCAGGCCAGACCAGCGAGCACAAUCUGACAAUCUAUGGCAAUACACAGGCGCAUGGAGAGCAAAACACGAAUUCAGCCACUACACAGAAUGGCUCACUUACGGUAUGAGUUGCAAGGCAUAAA